AAAGCAUAUUAAAAAGCGAAAAACGAGUAAACGUGAGCACGAUAAACACGACGACCACAAACAAAGAGCUCGGGGCAUUUUAUAUACCAACACACAUACAUAUGUACAUUAGGUACUGGUGGAUACAUAAAAGCACGCAUAUAUCGCGCCAAAAAAGAAACAGGCAGCCAAACGAAAUAGGCCUUAAGCCAAUUGAACGUGAAUUUUAUUGGAUUUAAUUGUUGAAAGUAAAAGGAAACAGAAAAACCAUUACAAGUAAACAAGCACUGUUCCAACUAUUGGAAUAAAAAACGAUCCAGAGAUCCAGAGAGCUUCAGAGAGCGUAGCACGCGCAGACAGAUAUACAUAUCUUUAGUGUAGACGCCACAACAAACUGAAGGAGAUGAAUCGAAGUUUGCCAUCGAAUGGCAACCGCAGCCUCGGACUUCCGGCUCUGCUGUUUACCCUCGUGCUGUGUCUAGUGGCCCAGGCCGCCAGUCGACCCCCGACGGAGGAUGAGAGCGACAUUGCAGUCCUGCCCCCGGAUAUGGACAAUGUGGAGAUCCAUCAAGUGAGAAUGGUGGACGGUGUCAUGCAGGCGGACCAUCCGGUGAUCAUGUACAAGGAGGAUUUCGUCAGCGAGGAUUAUGACCCCAGCAAGAACGAGACGGCCACUACCGUGCACCACAAGAAGCACAAGCACUCACGCACGCACCACCAUCGACAGGAGCCCCACCAAGAGAAGGAGGAGGAGAAGAUCGUCUUCGACGUCCUGCCCGACAAACCCAUUGUGCUGAACGAUGACCUGGAGGCGGCGCCGAAGAAGAACCUGGAGGAGGCCGCGGAGCUGGUGAAGCCAACGAAGGAGGAGUGGCUGCGGAAGAGCCACAAGAAGUACCACAGCCGCCAGCGUCGUCAGACCUACACUCCGUGCUCCCACUCCAGCUACUACCAGACCCCGUCCCAUGCGGUCUACUUCCAGCCUCCGGCACCGCCCUCUCCCUACUACUAUCUGCCAGCCAAGCCAUCACAAAGAUUGCCUGUGUCGGGAAAGAAGCCGAUCCUGCCCGGCAAGCUUCCCAUUUGGCAGGACAAAACGGACGAAAACCCCACCAACCCAAUGAGCAUUGGCAGCAGGGACGACUUCCUGCUGCACAACUCAGAUCCAGCUGAGGCCGAUUUCUCGAUAUUCAAUCAGCCCAGGCCCAAUCCCAAUGAGAUCAGUGGCAGUUCUGGCUCUAGCUCUGCCUCUGGCUCUGACAGAGGACGCGACAACAUCAGCAACAGUCCGCCUGCAGUGAACAAUCAAGUCUGGGGACCCAUCAGCAAUUCCCGCCCAGUGAGCCGACCCUCCUGGUCACAGACGCAGACGACGAGUCGGCCGUGGGACUCCCCGCCCGUGACUGCCGCGCCCAGCUGGUCACGGCCCACGCCCAGAGCGACACCCUCGCCCAAGGUCACCAACUGCGUGUGGGCGAUCGUGAACUGUUGCUCGAAGGGCAGCAAGAAGAUCCGGUACAACUGCUUCGAGGAGUUCGGCUGCAGCGGCGCCUUCUGGGGCAUCAAUCCGUGCGCCGACGAGACUGUGCUCGAUGGUUCGUUAUCCAGAGUGUUGAACAACUUUCAGUAGGAUUCGCGUCGCUUCGUGGUGCUGCUUCCCAAAGUAUUACCCAAGAUCAAAUCUCAAUAAAACAAAACUUAAUUUAUUUACUCGCAUAA